UCUGAGUGCUUUAUAAGAGCGCCUCGUCUGUGGAGUCUGACAGACAGAAGAGAGCUACACCUCCACCUGGAGCACUACAGAACUGGAACGACACACGGCACCAUGCGGUUCAACACUCUGUUCUUCCUGCUGGGUCUGUCUUGGCUCUGUCUGGCACUGGCACAUGUUUCCUAUGAGGACUGUUGUCUCAUGUACGUGAAGAGAAUGAGCCACAGCAUCCAGAAACAUGCAGUGAAGUACAGAGUGCAGGAGACAGACGGAGGCUGCAACAUCCGUGCUGUCAUCUUCACCAUGAGGAGGGGCCGUGUGUUCUGCACAGACCCCAGAGAGAGCUGGGUCAUAGAACUGAGGAAGAAGCUCGACAAGCAGAGAAUCAAAGAUGAGCGCAACAAAGGCCCCAACAGGAUCAACCGGGCUCGGGUGAAUCGGGGCUAAAGCCUGCUGCCCUGACUGUUCUUCCACCCACCGACAAAAUGUUAUCACCGAGCAAUAAAUAGCGUGUGAUUUAUAGCAUCUGACUGGAAAGCAGUUUGGCUGUAUCUUGUAGCAUUACUUUCACUUUCACUCUAUGGACGACGUCAAGGGUCACGAGCUCGUUCCCUGACACGGCCGAGCGGUCACCACAUGAUACAUAUACAGAUAUACAGUAUACUUAGAAUAUCUGUGAAUGUUUUCUGCCCUUUAAGAUAUUCAACAAGCUGUUUAAUUAUGCUGUAUCAAUGGUGAUGGAGUGCAAAUGGUUGAUUAAGAAAAAUAAUGAUGGUAACUCGCAUUUAAUAUAUAUAUAUAUAUCAUUUAAAUGCUUGUAUAUUUGCCAACACGCACACUGUAAAAUGUGAAUGUUUCAUAGGAGAGGAGAAGCUCAUGUUUAAAUUUCUUUUUUCUUUUCUUUCUUUUUUUAUACACGUCUGUCUUCUCAUAUUUGUUGUAUUUAGUUUUUAUUGCUGUCGACAGCAUGUGUUCGAAUAAAGCCUUAUUACAAUAAA